CCCAAGGAAGGCGCUGGGGAGCGAGCACAUCUAGACAGCUUUCUCAUCAUGGCUCAGCAGCACAGCCUGCCCCACGCCUACCCCAUGAGCCCGGAAUGCGAGUUUGCCAACCCCAGCAAGAUUUACGACCAGAAUUUUGGAGAAGGCCUUUGCCCUGGAGAUAUUCUGGCUCCAACUUUGUACCAUGGUUAUUAUAUCAGGCCCCGGAUUAACAAACAGCUGGAACGAGGGAUUUCAGAGGUCACCCUCAAUGAACACAAAUUCCAGGUCUUCCUUGACGUUUGCCAGUUCACCCCCGAUGAAAUCGCUGUCCGCACUGUGGACAACCUCCUGGAGGUGACAGCCCAGCAUCCUCAGAAGGUUGACCGACAUGGAUUCAUCUCCCGGGAAUUCACCCGAACCUACAUCCUGCCCUUGGAUGUCGAUCCCUUGUCAGUCAAAGCCACUGUGACCCACGAUGGCAUCCUGAGCGUUGAAGUCCGGCGGACGGGAAAGGAAGUGAAGGCCAAAGUCAACGAGGUGGAAGUCACCAGCCAAGGACAACCAGAAAGGAAAGCAGGAAGUUCAGGAGAGACCUCAGAUCCCUAAAACAUCCUUCUAGGAUGGCCCAUUUUGGGAUACGUUGAGUAGGUGAAUUUGGAAGUGGUCUUUCAUGGACACCAAAGGCCAGGCCUAGUUGGUCUCCUUGGCUUCAUCUUUUCCUCCCCAAAUAUCUAGGGUUUUCAUUCCAAGAAGCUUCUCCCACAAGGUCUUCAGAGCUACAACUUAUCCUUUUAGAUGUCUUCUAACCUUCGUUCAUCAAAAAUAUAAUUCCCCGGAUUAUAAUGGAAGACAGUAAAGGCCACUGCACCAGUUUGAAACCUUUUUGUUUCUCACUUUGAACAGGUACCAUAAUUCCUAACAUUUUUCUGCCAAUGUGGUAGGCUGAUGGGAGUUGUGGUCCAAAGCACUUGGAAGGCCAGUAGAGUAGGGAAGAUGACACUCGCAAUGUUGCUGGCAUUAGACAGACUCAGAUGAUUAAACCUUACUUUCUUUACCAAAGAAUUAAUUAGCCCUUUUGAGAUGGGCUUAGUUUGACAACCCAUCAAAUCAGCCCUUUUUAUUUUGGAAUUCUGCAAAGCUUUAUUUACUGCCCUUCCUUUUGCUCUUGGCUGCUUUUACUCAUCUGUUGAUGAUUAAAUGAGAUUU